CCUUGAUUCAAAUACCAGGAACAACUCAGCCAGCACAAAGCGAAGCUUCAGGGGCACACACACACACAAAAAAAUCCCCACCUCAACACGCCCAUCAGCCAGAAAAAAAAAAAAGUUCAUCAACAUGAGAAAAGAGGAGAAGAAACCUCAGAACAACACGUCCCUUAAAAACCAGAACCAGGCAGGGAAGGCACCUGAAGGGGAGAAAAGCACCGAUCCAGCCAAGCAGCAGGAGCCAGCAAUGAAGAAGAAAGCCAAGGGGGAUCCCAAAACGGGCCAGGAGGAGGAAUCCCACACUUGUUGUGGCUGCCGUUUCCCGCUGCUGGUUGCUUUGUUGCAGCUGGUGUUAGGCAUCUCUAUAACAGUGCUGGGCUUCAUUAUGGCAGGCAUCAGCUCUUCUUUACUAGUCAGAGACACUCCAUAUUGGGCUGGGAUAAUUGUCUGUGUGGUGGCCUUAGUGGGAAUGGUGAUGCUUUGUGUUUCAUAUCAGCCUGAGGAGAAGACAUGUUUCCAGUUUGCCAUAAAGCUGAUGUACUUUCUACUGAGCACCCUGAGUCUGAUUACCUGUGUUCUGGCAGUGGCUUUUGUUGCACAUCAUCAUUCACAGAUUACACAGUUUACCUGUGAUGCCGUCCUCGACUCUUGCCAGUGCAAACUGGACACUUCAGAUCCCCUCAGUAGGACCUUCGUUUACCAGGAUGUAUCUGAUUGUACCAGUGUCACUAGCACUUUCAAUCUGUAUCUGCUACUGCAGAUGGUUCUUAAUCUGAUCACAGCCAUUGUGUGUUUGUUGGCGUGCUUUGUGAUGUGGAAACACAGAUACCAGGUCUUUUUUGUGGGCGUUCGGUUACACUCAUUAACUGGUACUGAAAUCCAACAACAGAAAGUAUAGGGGGGUGGUUUUGGUUUGUUUUAUAGAGAGUGAAUAACAAAUGUCAGGCUAUUACCACCGUAGAAACUGCAAAUAGAUCAGUGUUUAAAGAUUUUUUGACAAAGACAACCAUUCACACAUUUUUAAUUAAUAUAUUUAUAUUUUUCAGUCAUUUGAAGAGCAAUUUUUAUGGCCGCUAUUGCCAAGGGCCCUUAUGGGAAGAGCUAGAUGUAUCACAAAAAUUCUAAAGAUGUGGCUGUACAAAUAGUCUCCAAAAAGCAUCUUUAAUAGGCAUAGACAAAAGCAGUUUUGAUCAUUACUAGGAUUCCUCUGCUGAGCUAUAUAUGGUAACAAACCAUGGGCCAGAUUCUUGGUUGGUGUCAAUCUGUCUGUUCCAUUGACGUCAAUGGAGCUAUGCUGAUUUACACCAGCUGAGGAUGGAUCUGGUCCAGACUGUUUAAGUGAAAUUAUUCCAGUCAUGCUUAGGGAGUUGUGCUCUUGGAUAUCCCACAUUAUCAUUACUGGGAUUUACUGUAUAUGUGUGAGCAGCGAGGGAAGUUUGAGACCCUUCCAAAUGCAAACUAAGACCAGCAACAAAUGAGAAUCUAUUGCUGGUAACAGUAUAAACUCUAGUCAAGGUUUUCAAAAGGGCCUAAUGAGAUCCCUUAAAUGGGCCUGAUUUUCCAGGAGUGAUGCUCAGCAUUUUCUGAAAAUCAAACCAAUGUAAGGUCCCUCAAGCUGGACACCUAACACUGAAGCUCCCGAAUAGCUAGUGGCUUUUGGAAAGCCUGUAUCAACAUGAUUGUAAUAGCACUGCAUACAAAAAGGAUGUUUACCUAUUACUCCAGUUCUACUUUCCUCCAAAUGCAGCAGGCCAAAUACCUUCUUGACGUACUUCCUGUGAAGACAAUAGAGUUGCACCAGGGAUGGAUUUGUCCCAAAAACUCUGAAAGAUGUAUCACUGCAUAAAUAGAAAGCCCCCCACCACCCCGAGAAGGUAUUGCCAGUGUCCUAAGAACAUAAUCUACGAGUACAAGAGCACAAUGAUUUCCUAAUGAGUGGUGGUGAAGAUAAUCAAUCAUUCAUUGCAAACUGCAUUUAAAUAGUGGUUUGUAUCCCAAAGGUUAAGAUCCAAAAGUGCUUUACAGUUUAUGGGCCUGAUUCUCUACUGAUUUGCUCCUUGUAUAGUCAUUUGCGCCUCUGUAAAGCAGAUACAAAACUUCUGAGAGUGAACAAAGACUUCUGAUUUGGUAGUACUUUGCACAGAUGCACAAAGGGCAAGGGCCAAGGCAGUGGAGAAUCUUGCCCUGCAUAUGUAGAGAUCUCUCAUCCCGACUGAAGUGACUCCACCAUUUGGGUGCAAUAAAGCCAUCAUUGUGUAUCAGCAAAACUGUACAACAGCUUCUGUAGGAAGGGGAGGGAGAAUAACUUAAGAGGUAGCAUUUUCAGAAGUGCCUACAUGACUUAUGUGCUUCAGUCCCAAUGUCAAAAGUGAUUUAGGCUCUUAGGAGCAUAAAUCCCCUUGACUUGCAAUGAGACUUAAGCUUGCUAGGUGCUUAUGUCACUUUUGAAAAUGUGACUAAGGCUCCUAAGUCACAUAGGCUGAGACCUGCAAAGGUAUUUGGACACUUAUCACCCAUUGAAGUCAGUGGGAAUUAGGUGCCUAAAUGCCUUUGGGCAUCUGGCUCUUAACCACUUAUGAAAAAUGUUAACUCCAAAAGUGUAGUUUUUUUGAGACCCGCCUCAACCUGGCCUCCCUUUUCGUGCCCACAAACCUACAGGCACAAGUACUUGGGGGUACAAUUUUGCAUCAGCAUUAACUGUGCAGGUAAACUGGUGCACUCUAAACAGCAAAUCUGACUCCCAAACGGUCUUCAGAUAAAGCUGUGGUAAUGCCAACCUUGGGAAGAAGCCAGAUACAGUGGAAUUCAAUCAAAAUAAUUGAUUCGGGGUCCACCAUCACCACCAUUUGGGGACCGAUCCAUCCCUCCUUGAUGUUAGUGGAAAGUAUCUUAUUGAUGUCAGUGGGAGUUGCUUGAUCCAUACAUCUGAAUAGCCAUUGCAUGUGGCUCCAUGGAAUAUUUAGCAUCCCAAAGGAGAUGCAUAUGUGGAAGUAACCUUUCCUCCUUGCCAGCACAGUCCAGAGACAAAAAAGAGGGCAGGGUUCACCCCUCAAAAUGGGCGGCCCCUGGAGAUCCAGAGGAUGGGGCCCCACAGCAGUCCUGACAGCUCGCUCUCAGGGCUGCUCCGUUCCAGCUGUGGGGUAACAUUUUUCAAAAGGGACUUAGGCACUCAGGAAUCUCAGUCUUGUUCAUUUGGGCACUUUUGAAAAUGCUACCUACAAUUUUUGGUGGGAAAUACAAGCAUUUUACUCCCAUUGUUCAAAAGAUGCCUUUAUCCAGGCUGGUGUCUUACCAAACGUCCAGGGGAUUUUAUUGGCCAGGGAAGAAGUAGUGGCGGUGAGAAUAACUGAAUUAUUUUAGUUUUGUGAAAAGGGUUUUGUUAAACUGUUUUAAAGGGGAUCGCUCAAAGAGUGAGAGCUGCUACCACUAAAGCCAGCACCCUUUGGUAUCUCUAGCACUCUCAGGGGCAAGGCCAAGGACUGAAUAGACAUGGAGACUGACCAACCCUCUCACUUCACACGAGGCUGAGUGGGAAGGAUGGGAAGUUUGAUCUGCUGCUGCCUGUGCUGUAUUUCCACUAUGGCUAAAUGGUCAUUCUCCAGCUCUGUCAGUUUUAAUCCUUUGACCUUCAUCCCAAUCCCUUGUUUUCAUUUUUUGUUCACUGCAAUCUCUUAGGUCCUGCGCCUCCUCCCUUAUGUGAAGGGCGGAGGGGGAGGCGACCUGCUGCAUAGAGGGCUCCAGCCACAAUCCAAUGAUUUAAAUAGGUUGGCACCCUUCAGCACCACUGAAUCCAUCAGAAUGAUGAGGGACAACACACAUUUGCUGUGAAAGAUCUGAGGGUGGCUACAGAAAAUACAAUGAAUGUAUUGGAAAAAAUGCCUGUUCCCUAGAACUCUGUGUAUUCUAAUAGCAGCCCACCUAUAUUUUUAAAAUCCAUAGUAAAAUUCAGUAUGUUAAACAGUGCAUUGCAGCUUAACCCUUUGCUCUAAAAGGGGGGGGGGAACAAUAUUGAUCAUGUAUAUUAUUAAAAUAUUUACUGCUUAAUAGCUAUUUUGAACUAGCAAAUUAUAACUUCUAUCUAUCAUACAUCCAGAACAUAGAGGUCAUACCAGGAAACAGCCACAGGAGCUAUUUUGAACCAGCUGUCUCCUGGCCGUGGUUUUACAAUAUGCAUUUUGUUCCAGACAUGAAAUCCUGAGAACUUUGAUAGAGCAAAAAUAAGAAGUUCUUUAUCUAGAGUCUUCAGAAAGUGGCAGAUCCUGCUCCAGUGAAAGCGAAUAGGAAGCAAAAAUUCACCUGGACUUCAAUGGGGGGAUGAUUGGGACCUAAAGCUCUUGCAAACUAUCAAAGAGGUGUGAAGGAAAAAAAAAAAUCAGUCCUGGUAAUGAAUCCUCUGGAAAAGCCCACUAAAACUGGAUAGUGAUUAAAUCAAUAUGUAUCAGAGGAGUAGCCAUGUUAGUCUGAAUCUGUAAAAAGCAACAGAGUGUCCUGUGGCACCUUUGAGACUGAGUUUGAUCUGCUGCAUAGAGAUCAAAGGUGCCAUAGGACCCUCUGUUGCUUUAAACCAAUAUGAUUGCACAGGAAUUGAGAAAGGUUUAUAUAGUCUACUCUCAAAAUGUAGACCUGAUUCUCAUUUAUACUAUCACCACUUUCCAUUGUUCUGUCAGUAUAAACGGGCCUUAAAGAAUGCAUAAAUUAUGUUUGUGGUUACUUUAUGGCCCCUUUAUACUGUUAAUGGGCCCUUACUGUACAUGAAAAUUUCAUGGAGAAUGAGAUCUUUCUAUAGCCUGUUUCAGACCAUUUUACAGAACUAUAGCAGUGGGGUAUAAUUCUCCAUUGCAUUCUGUUGCCAAACUUAAGAUCUUCAUUUUCUAUUAAAUUCAGCUGGACUUUUCCAUAAGGCUGGGGCCUGGUUCUUUAAUCCCUUAGUCAUGCAAGCAGUCCCCAGAACACAUGUAAGCAGAGAUGUUGCAUGCAUAACAUAUAAAAAAGCAUCAGCUUUGCUCUGGGUUUGAGGUAUUUUGAUGUUGUAUUAUGCAAAUACUGGAGUUAUAAUAAGGACAACAAAAAAGGAACUGAGAUACAUAGCAUAAUACUUAGCAAAAUGUCACAUUCUAAAACUGACCAUGAACCAAGGCAGUGACUGUUUCUUAUAAGCCAUAAAACGCUGAGAUUUGCACAAUCCUCCUCCACUAGUACUAAAAUGAAACUAGACUUUGGAGGAAGGGGAACUGCCACGAUUUGGCUUUACGUGACAGAUGAGGAACAUAGCAGCCGAAACAUACAGACAUUGUAAGCAAGCCCACUAUCUGACUGUGCCUUCACGUGAUCACCAUCUGAGCCUUGCCAGCUCCAUUUAGCUCUGUGAGGGCAGCUUCUUGGAGCUUUGCCUAAAACAGAGAGCUACACAAGAGCUCUGGAAACUGUAGUUAAGUACUAGGACUAACUUUUUCAUCUACUGUGUCUGCUAAAUUGUAUAAUGUUGCCUUGGGGCUUCUAAAAUCAGAAACCAUUAUGUUUGUGUGUUAGAAGCCGCUAUGCAUAUAUUCUAUAUUUAAGCCUGGGAUGUCAGGUCCCCUUGAAAUUUUCAUACACUCCCUCCAUACACCCACACAUGCUUAUGUCUGGAAAAUGUUUUUAGAUAUUAGUAAAGUGUGUGGGUAGGGGGGUAUUCAAGGGAGACACUGAGGAACAACAGUAAUGCGCUAUUUAAGCAUGAAGUUUAAAAACCUCCUUAAGGAGACAGAACACUAUUGCCAGUAUGUACAUUGUGGCUUUCUAUAAUACUUUAUAUAUAUAUAUAUAUAUAUAUAUAUAUAUACAUCUAUGAGAGAGAGAGAGAAAUAUAAUGUGUGGACCAGAUCAUCAAUUAGGGUAAAUCAGCAUAACUCUGGUGAACUCCAGAAUCUGGCCCUGCAUCUUCCUGUAUCAUAAAUCAUGAAAGAACUCCAUGUUUUUACUCUGCUAAUCAAAGAUCUCUGACCAGUUAUAACAGGUUGGAACUGUAUCUUUAGCUAACUUUUGCUGACAUUUUUACAAAGCUGUAUCUGUUACUAACAUGUGCUUACCUUAGCUUGCUACAGGUGCUAUAGUUAUCUGGAAUUAUUAAUUGUGAUGCCUUCUUAUGUCCAGUCUAUAGUUAUUACCAUAGCAUUUUUCCCCCUACAAUACCCAGUGAUCACUAAUGUUUAUCCACUUGUACAAUUCAAAUCUGUAGUUUGAAAGUUCAGUCUAUACAAAUAUAUACAAAUAUAAACAAAGCUUUGUAUUGAUUGGGGGGGGUAUUGGUGUGUGUAAUGUUAUGCCUUUGUCUGAAGAAACAGUUAAAAGAUUCAUUUAAAUGUAUUUUGGGUUGGUUUUAUUUAAAAGGAGAUAUGUAUAAUGCAUAUUUCAUGUGUUAACAUAAUGCUUCCAUAUUCCGUGAAGCUGUCUACAUUUGAGCACAGCUAUUAAAGUGUGCUUAAAGUGACUGACUGUAGAUAGAGUAUGAGCUGAGAUACAUCAAAACUCACAAAUUAGUGUCUACUUCAAAAACUGGAUUCUCAGCUGACAGGAGUUAAUGCUCAUUUGCGCUCCGAUAUUCCUGCCACUGUCUCCAGGUUAGCACAUUGCAUAAAUGUUAGAAGGUUGGGUUGCUAAUGUGCAGACAAAUGGGAACAGAAAGUGAGCUGGGGGAAUAAUCUGCAGAAGGUGACUUGAAUACACACACAUCCUUCAGUCAGAUCUAUUAUGAAUGACAAGCACUGUGCUGACCUCAAGUUACUGGAUGUAUGGAGAAUGACACGGAUUAAGGCAGAGCUCAGCAGCAUUGAGGGCCCUGGUUAUAUUAGAAAUGGAAUAUUUUAGCAAGCCAGUUUUCAUCUGAGCUUCACUCAGUUGUGCAAAGAGAAUCUUCUCUGAAAAAUUCCAAAGUUAAUAGAAUAUGGAUAUAACACAGGAUUUCUCCUUUGCCAAAACUGUACCUAAAAGAAAUCUAUACUGAAUAUUUGCCCUAUACUCAGCUGCUCCUGGUGGAUACAGCUAGAAUGGGCUCAGUAGUGAGCUCUCCCUUAAAGAAGCCUGUCAGUUUGGGAUCCAGUUUUGCCUGGCAUGCAUCUGCAUGGCUCCCAUAGAUUUCACUGGGAGCUUUGAGGGGAAGAGAGUUUCCAUCUCUUCCUUCCUGGUCAUGUAAGUGAUGAUGCUCUGCAGCGUGCUGCAAAUCCUCAUAGAAAAAUAGCCCUGAUUCUAACACAGGGCCGUCGUCAGCCCAUAAAGAUGUGUAUGCAACUCGUGUGGACUUAAAUUGGAGUUACACAUAUGUAUAGAAAGGAUCUCCAGGUGUUUUCUGGCACGUUAUGUUAAAAUCAACAGAAGGCAAAAUUAAAAGGGCAGUGCCAUGUACUUUUUACCCCAGAUUUAGACUGUGUUAAACAAUUGGGGAUGGGGAAGGUUGAAUGGGGGGAAGAGUUACAAAACUUGAUGAGCCUUCAGUGAGCGUUGCAGAUGCUUAACACCUCUUGGGUAUAUGGCCCAAUGAUUGUGUAAGGGCCAGAUCCUCAACUGAUGUGACUCAGUCUAGCUCCAUUGACUUCAACAGAGCAACACCAGUUUACUCCAGCUGAGGAUCUGGCCCUAAUGAAAUGUUUCUAAAAAUGCUGCAAUGAAAAUAUUUUUUUAAAUAAUUUGAACAUUCUGCGCCCCCCGCCCCAGUGAUGUGAAUCCAAAUGCAAGAGCACUGGGCCAGCAUAAAAGAACCAGCAACUGAAACAGACUGGAGAGUGAAACUGUCCGGUCUACUUUCACUGUCCAAGUCUAGUUGUUUUAAAAAAAAAAAAAAAAAAAAGCAACAUACAUGGUAAAAAGAAGAAUUAGUUUUUAAAAUAACUCAUCCAGUUUCAUUUACCUAAAGUGUUACUAAUAGCAGGGGGUCAGGAAUUUUAACAAACUUACACUGGGCCAGAUUCUCAGCUGGGUAACUCUGUGCAGCGCUGGUAAAGCUACACCAGCCGAGGAGCUGGCCGAUCCAUUUUAUUUAGCAAUAUCCUUUGAUAUUUUAACUGAAAUUAAGCUUUAUAAUCUAAUUUUGGUUGUUUGUGUCACAUUCAUAUGAAUUCUAUUUGUUAAGAUAGCUGUUUCCAGAUUUAGGUUCUUGUGUGCAAAAAAUAAAUACAAAAUUAUGACUUCUGAUAGUAAAAAGCUAUGCCUCUGAUUUAAAAAGACUUUUAUCUUUACUGCAUUUCUAAUAAAAUCUUCAUUUGCUCCAA